AUGACUUACGCCGCCCCUAUGAGGGCUUGCGCGCUCUUCUCCCGCCUCCACCCGCGACCCGCCACGUGUCUAUCUGCCGUUCGUCGCCACGUGAGCAGCUCGCCAAUGGGGUUCGUCCCCGCCACGUGUCAAUCAAAAGUGCAGUUCGUGGAGCUGCAGGGGCAGGGGCUGGCGGAGCGCAAGGCCGCCAUCCAUGAUCUACGAGUGGUGCCUCUGGAGGGGCCUUCACGCUACAUCCGACCACGGAGCAUUCGAUACAAGCAGCAUGGCAAGGACCGUCGAUGGGACAUGGUGCAAUCGCAUCCGUCCGUUGCAGUGCUGCUCUUUCACACAGAGCUGCAGCUGCUGCUCAUGGUGCGGCAGUUCCGCCCCACAGUGCUCGCAGCAGCAGCAGCGGCGGCAGCAGCAGAGGCGGACAUAGAGGGGGGAGAGGAGGGGGUGAACCUGACAGGGGAUCUUGAAGCUGCCUUUACCUACGAGCUGUGUGCGGGCCUGGUGGACAAGGCAGGCAAGGACCUGAGGCAGAUCGCCAAGGAGGAGGUAUUAGAGGAGACGGGAUACGACGUGCCACUGGAGUCACUGCAGCUGGUGACGGCGGCUCUCACGUCCGUGGGCAUAUCUGGAGCCAGGCAAACCAUGUUCUACGCAGAGGUGAACGAGGCGCAGAGAACUCACGCUGGGGGAGGCAAGGAGGAGGAGGGCGAGGGCUUUGUGCCUGCAAGCCUGCCACACCCCUGCCAACUUCCCUGUCCCCCCUCUUCCCCCUUCUCCAACUUCCCACCCUCACCCUCCCCCACAACACUCCCCCCCGACCCUUUCCCCACCUGUCCCACUCAACCCCCCCAGGCCAUAGAUGUGGUGGGGCAACCUGUCGCCCAGUUCCUCCCCCUCCCAACUCCCGCCUCUCCCCUGUUGCUCCCCUUUCGCACCUUCCCCACCUCCUCCCUCCCCCCCCCUUAG